AUGCACCCACCGACGAUGCUGCUCGAGCUCUGGGAGGAAACUGGUGUACAGUUCGGUCGGUCCAGGAGAAAGCGCGAUAAAAAGAAAACGACUAAGCCCACAGAAAAAAGUUCGCAUACGGAACUCCUAUUGAAGUCGCCUGCUCCACCUCGUCGCCCUCCUCCUCCUCCACCACAACCACCUUUGCUGAGGUCGUCCACAUUGGCAGUGGGAGGGGAAGACUUGUUGCAACGGGAAAGCCCGGCUGAAGAAGUCACCAUGUUGCGUAGUCAAACAGCUCGGAACAACUGGAAGCGUUUGGCCAGGAAAGCUAGUGAACGACACAAAAAAGAGCUUGUCAAUGGCAACAGUGAAGCUCCGCCACCUCGCCCUACCGCGCAGGUACAGCCGAAACGGCUGUCGUUCCAACCUGAGGAAGAAGAAGGUGCACCGCCACCAUUGAUGCAAUGUCUUUCGGCACUCAGCACUACUGAGAACACUUUACUAGAGAGCAAGUUGAAGAGGAGAUACGCACUGGAAUGGGAGUACCUGGCCACCGUGUUGGAUAGACUACUGCUGAUCGUCUUCUCAAUAGUGGUCUUCAUCGUCACGUUCUUGAUGAUACUCAUCGGAGAAGCGAUGCAUCUCUCCUAUCAGCUUACAUCAGAUGCCGCUCAAUCACAAACGCCUUAG